CGCGGGGUGUCAUGUACUAUGGCUGCGCUGCUGUUGUUGGGGGCGGACUCCAAGAGUGACUCCUCGUUGACUAGCCAGCUAUACAGCCAUAUUUCCAACGUGCUGUUCAUCGGCGUCGAGACAUCUCUCUCCCCGCGCACGCUUUGGCAUUGCGCUUGCUCGCCCCUCACGCUGCUGCCAUAUUCACCUUCAGAAAAUUGCAGCAGCCCACGGGUCGAGAGGCGAAUGCAACCUAGCAUUUGCCACCUUCGGACUCACAGAAUCAGUCGACAGGGUAUCAACACUUAGCUGCUGAAAGUGAGCGACAAGGAUACCCGUACAAGUAAUUACAGCCGCAGUGGCAAGCGAGGAUGAUCUUCCCUGCCGCGUCGCUCGCCACUCUGCUGCCUUUGCUCUUGGCAGCUGCAUCGUCGAUGGCAGGAUCGGCAGCCGUAACGGGCCCGAUGUACAGCCCUCUGCUGCGUUCGGAUAACCUCCUCCCAUGGGGCGGCCCAGAGGGGGCACCUGCCGAAGAUUUCUACGGCGCCAUUGCGGGCAGUACCAUCCAAGUCGUCCGCACACAAGCCACAUAUUUCACCAGGCCUGCUGUGUUCGGACCCAGAAUUGAGGAACCAGAGGGCUUGCGAGGCAUCCUCAUUCCCAUCUUGACCUUCUAUCAUGGGCCGAAAAACCCCAUGUACGCAUGUCCUUCCAAUCACACCAACGAUUCCGAUCACAAAGGCACCGAUGAUACGACAGGCAUCAGCAAGCACUCCGACCCUGACCCAAAGCCACCAGCAGAUUGGAUCGCCCUUGUCGAGAGGGGUGGGUCGUGCACCUUUGUCGAGAAAGUCCGCACUGCUCAAGGGCUGGGAGCUAUCGCCGUCGUCGUUGGAGAUGCUCCUAGUCCGGAAUGGUCUGACAACCCAAGCAACUCGCCCGAGGAGUCCGACCCAGGUCUUUCUGGUAAGCGUCUCCUCACGAUGUAUGCCACCGGAGACACGACCGACAUCUCAAUCCCAUCAACAUUUAUCACAAGACCCAGCUUCCUCGACCUUCGAAGGCUGAUCCUCGAACUCAAGGCCGACUAUUGGACAGCUGCUUUGAACUCCAGUGUUAGUAGCGCUGGCGAAGAGCCUCAUCCGCUGGGAAUUGAAAUAGUCCUCUCUCGGGAUGACACCGUUUGGGAUUGGCCCCUUAUCGAUCUCGCUCUUGUGCUGCUCCUGCUGCCCUCUCUCAUGACCAUCACCACCGUCAUCGUUCACAAAAUACGCCAGGCUCAGCAGAGACGACGCGAGCGGGCACCAGAGCUGGUUGUGCACAAUUUGCCCUGCUUGAUCGUCAGGGGAAACGGUCAGCCAUGGGAGAAGAUCGAAGGCAAGGACUGGGGAGAUGAGCAAGAUCGGCGGUCCCCAUCCAUCCUCUCCGAAACACCAGGCGCUGAAGCCUCAACCUCUGGCUCACGCUUGAGCUACCCGCCAGCGACAACGGCUCUGGCGCCCGAGUCGAGCAAUCUACUACCGCCAGGGAGGACUUGGUUCUACAGUGACGAAUGCGCCAUCUGCCUUUCCAACUUUGUGGAAAACGAUCGCGUGCGGGUGCUGCCUUGCGGACACAUCUUCCACCGAGCCGAAAUCGACGAUUGGCUGAUAUUGCAAAAGAAAAUUUGCCCCGUUUGCAAGCGGGAUAUCACAGUUCCCGUACCACCUGGCCUCCCUGGAAGCGAAGUGGAGACGGGAAGCCCCAGUGGAAGUUCGCAGGGAACUGUCGACGCCGAAGACCAAACGCGUCAAGACACUGCGUCCACUGGGAGAGCGACGGAGCGCACACCCUUACUCGCGCGCGACGGCGAUCCCGCAGACUUGGCUUGAGCAGCAGGUGCUGCUACCAUCUCCUCUCAUCUGACACUGUACCUUGUAUGCAAUUGUUGUAGCAAUUAUACUUUCACUCCGCCAUCGC